AUGGAUGGUCUUGGUUCACAUUUCAGUGAAGAAGCAUCUAAAUGGUUCACCGACAACCAUGUGGCUGUUUUGAAAUUGUUCCCACAUUCUUUACACAUCACUCAACCACUUGACGUGUCUGUUUUUGGAGUUCAAAAACUUUUUGAUGAAGACUUGAAUUUUGAACCAAUUGAUUUGCAAUCUUUGGACCAUGUUUUGGGUACUUUGAACUUGGAAGACACUAACUGUGCCAAAGGAAAGAAGAAAGACAUUAUAAGGGAUCUAUAUGAGGGGAGAUUUACAAAGGCUGAUUUGGUUGAAUUCACCAGAAGUCCUUUGUCCAACCAAAUAAUAUCGAUCUACGCGUCUUGGGACAAAGCGACUUCUGGUGUUACCAUUGUCAACACGUUUAGAAAGUGUGGGUUCUUCAACACUCGGUGCGUCAAGGGUGGAGAGACUUGCUUGCGCGUCAAGUUCUUUCCAGAAAGACCGAAAUUGAUGAUGACUUUCUUGGGAGAACCGGUUUUAUUUGAAAGAUAG